UCAAAAAUGGGUUCGCUGUUACAGAGUAGACAAUACCUGCUAAUUCUUCUCUGUUUCUUCGUGUUCUUAUGGGAAUCUCGAACUGCUGAAUCAAGAACUCUGUACUACAAAUGGGAAGUUAAGUCUGAGUUGAAGUCCCCUGAUUGCUUCAAAAAGCUCACUUUGACCAUUAAUGGCCGAUCUCCUGGUCCCACUAUCUAUGCCCAUCAAGGCGACACUGUCAUCGUUGAGCUCAAGAACAGCUUUGUUACUGAAAAUGUCGCUAUCCACUGGCAUGGAAUCCGACAGAUUGGAACACCUUGGAGCGAUGGAACAGAGGGUGUCACUCAAUGUCCUGUUUUGCCUGGUGAAACAUUCAAAUAUCAGUUUGUUGUCGACAGGCCAGGGACUUACUUAUACCAUGCGCAUUACGGCAUGCAAAGAGAAGAUGGUCUGUAUGGAUCCAUUGUGGUUUGGCUUCCAGAGGGUCAAACAGAGCCGUUCGCCUACGAUCAUGAUCGGAAUCUUAUACUCACCGAUUGGUAUCAUAAAAGCAGCCAUGAACACUCCGCCGGAUUGGCUGCCGCCGGCGCUGCCUUCACCUGGGUCGGCGAGCCUGAUUCGCUUUUGAUUCAAGGAAGGGGACGGUUCAAUUGCUCUCUGUUGGGAGCUUCUGCUACCUGCAACUCAUCCAGCCCGGACUGUGUUCUUUAUCCAAUCACCGUCGUACCGGGAAGAACUUACCGGUUGAGGGUCUCGAGCCUCACUUCCCUUUCAGCUCUAAGUUUCCAAAUUGAGGGUCACACCAUGACAGUGGUUGAAGCAGAUGGGCAUUACGUCGAGCCAUUUCAAGUUAGCAACUUGUUCAUAUACUCCGGCGAAACAUAUUCUGUGUUGAUUAAAGCCGAUCAAAACCCUUCUAGAAACUACUGGAUUACAACCAAUGUGGUCAGCCGGAACAGCACUACCCCACUUGGUUUAGCCAUUUUCAAUUACUACCCAAAUCACCAACGUAAAUUCCCUCCGACGACACCUCCGGCUGGACCUGCCUGGAAUGCGGUUGCACCCCGGUUAGCUCAAAGCCACGCCAUCAAAGCCCGACAGGGCUUCAUCCACCCGCCGCCAAAAGCUGCUGACAAAGUGAUCGUGCUACUCAACACACAAAACACCGUGAACGGACGCCGGCGGUGGUCGUUAAACAACGUGUCGUUCAAUAUGCCGCACACGCCUUACCUUAUUGCAUUAAAGAACAAUCUUCUCCAUACAUUCAGCCAGGCGAAACCACCCACUGGUUACGACUUCAAGAACUACAACAUUUCUGUUCCGCCGCCCAACCCUGAAGCGACGGUGAGCGACGCCAUUUACCGAUUGGAUUUCAAUUCAACGGUGGAUAUUAUUCUACAGAACGCCAACAUGAUGGCUCUAAACACCAGCGAAACUCAUCCUUGGCAUUUGCACGGCCACGAUUUCUGGGUUUUGGGAUACGGCGAAGGAAAAUUCGAUAUGUUUAAGGAUCCAAGCAAGUACAAUUUGGUGAAUCCGAUCAUGAAGAACACUGUGCCAUUGCACCCAUUUGGAUGGACGGCUUUGAGAUUUGUGGCUGACAAUCCUGGCGUUUGGGCCUUCCAUUGCCAUAUCGACGCCCAUUUCUUCAUGGGAAUGGGUGUUGUUUUUGAGGAAGGGAUCGAAAAGGUUCAGAAAUUGCCUACUUCGAUCAUGGGGUGUGGCGAGAGCAAGAGGUUCAUAAGGCCUUAAUUUUUUAUUUGCCCAUAUUCUUUUUAGUUCUAAUUUUUUAAAAAUUAUUAGUUCCA